GUUCCGUCGCAGUUUCGAUGCUGCCGUUCGCGAAGCCGGUUCAUAAACCCAAGUUCAGGGCGUAAAGUCUCAUUACCGUGCCGUGCUCGGACCGUGACUGAUGCUCCAACCUGGGGUGGCGGACUUGUGGACUUGGAGCAGAUCUUGUGGAGAUUGGUGGUCAAUGCGUGUUUGCCGACAGGUUGUAGUCGGUUGGAAAGUCGGAAGAAUCGGUCUCAGCAAGUGCUUUUUUCGCAGAUAUUAGAGACAUUACUGGACCAUACGGUGCGGAUACGAGGCGUUGAAGUUGGCGGAGAGACACGUUCGUGCGGCUAGGCUAAGAAAUUGGACGAGCGGUUGGGCAGCUGCUGCUUCUGGUGCUACGUGACGAUGCUCUUGCCAGUAGAAGUGAAGAAGCGUCUCGUGAAUAUUUGCAUUCCGGCUUAGGAAUGAUUAAGAAAAUGUGAUGGUGCAAAAAUUGGAAGAAUAUUGCGCUGUCCAAGGGUGUCGUCUUCACCAACAGAGCAUCAUUUUUCAACUUCCCAGAGCUGCUGGGAGGAGACCAAAGUGAAAAUUAGUGCCAGUCCGUGCUUUGUCUACCGUCACUUUGCCCGGCAGUUUUGCUCCCAAGAAGUGUCCGACUACGCACGGGAUGAUGUCCGACGUGUCGUGGAAGUGAACCGUAUGGUAGCGUGACGAUACAGUCAGUCAGUCAGUCAGUCAGUCAGUGGUGUGAACACCGGAUUACGAAAUCUCCGGCUUAGCGCUUUGUCACCACUCAGCAGUAGUCGUGUGCAGUUUAUGUGACGCCAGUAACGGCACACGUAGGUUUGAAACCGAGUGGAGGGGAAAGUAGUGAACGUUAUCUGUGCAAGCGAAGAAAGAAGCAAAAAGUGCAAGCAAAUUCAAAUCGAAUUUUUGCGCCCAGAUAACAAAGUGGAGCACGGAAUAAAGUGUGAUUGCGAAGGGUCCCGGCGUCGAUUGAUAGGGUUGCGUGGCAGUGAGAAGUAGGAUUUUUUUCGUGAUGUUUGCUGGGUUGUGAUCGAAAUUGGUUGCUAUUUGCAAGUAUAAGUUCGGUGAGUGAAACAUUAAGCUGUUGUUCCUGUUCGGAAUAAGGAUGACCUAAAAAUGGAUAAAUUAUGUUACAUUUGCCUGGCCCAACCGAACCCCGACCAAGAUUUAAGCUAGCCCGUCUGUUGCGUAGCGUUGUCUCGUCCGGGUGGCGUCCUGAAGGAGAAAAGACUGACAGACGUGCAGACUUUAUCAAGCUGUGGCAGACCUUCUUGGACUCUAUAUAUAGACAACAAAUUGCUAGAGUUGAGGGAUAAUAGCUCAAAUUCGUGCCAACCAAGCCCACCUCGCCGAGUGUCAGCAGGUCUACGGUGCAGACUGCCAGAAAAGGUAUUUUGAUUCGUCGUCCGAUUCAUUGAGAGUCAAUAUUAUCGACACGGACAACACAGUGGCGUGGACAUCUGGAAAAUGAUUUUCGCCAGCGGCUGAUGCACUUGCCUUGGGACGCGGUUAAGAGAGCGACAGAGAAGCGCUACACGUGGCAAGUUCCUUAGCUUAAUCAAUGGAAAUCAUGCUGAGGCUGACAAAACACCACCAUGUGAGAUAAUUCGGUGUGUUGAGUUUGAACGGGCAGAGCAGCACCAGCAUCAGCAUGGAUAGCAAUCUGUCGACGUACUUCCUGGGCGGAAGUGAGCUGUUUGGCGAGAAUAACAGCACGAUGCUGGAAGGUUUGGAGGGGUCGACGCUGGAGGGGAACGAGAGUUUGUUUCGGUCAAACUUUACCUGUCCACUGACGGAUAUGCCGACCACGUACACACUGUUCAUGGUGUUGUACGCCGUGGUGUGUCUGGUUGGUUUGAUGGGCAAUACGCUGGUGAUCUACGUGGUGCUGCGAUUUUCCAACAUGCAAACGGUGACCAAUAUGUACAUCCUGAACCUGGCGAUUGCGGACGAGUGCUUCCUGAUUGGCAUACCGUUCUUGAUUGCCACGAUGCACAUGAAGCAGUGGGUGUUUGGUGGUGCCAUGUGCAAAGCUUACAUGGUGAGCACGUCGAUUACGCAGUUCACUUCGUCCAUAUUUCUGUUCAUCAUGUCCGCGGACCGGUACAUCGCCAUCUGCCACCACAUCUCGUCGCCCAAGUACCGAACUCCGCUGGUGUCCCGCGUGGUGUCCGCUCUGGCCUGGCUGGCGUCAGCCAUUAUCAUGCUACCGAUAAUGAUAUACGGUGACAUCAUCGAAGUUAUGCCCAAUUAUUACUCCUGCCAAAUUGUGUGGCCAGAAACGCACGAACACAUGCAAGGGUACACCUUCACGCUGUACUCGCUCAUUCUGGGCUUCGUGAUCCCGCUGUGCUUCAUAAUGACAUUCUACUGUCUGGUGAUACGGAAACUGCGCAACGUGGGCCCUAAAACCACGAACAAAUCACGCGGAAAACGACGCUCCCACCGGAAAGUAACCAAGCUGGUCCUCACGGUCAUAACCGUGUACAUCCUUUGUUGGCUGCCCUACUGGAUCUCCCAGAUAGCGAUUAUCAACUCCCCCUUCGGCACAUGCAGCUCCCGGCUCGACAUCAUCCUCUUCCUGCUGGUGGGCUGCCUCGGUUACAUCAACUCUGCCAUCAAUCCGAUCCUGUACGCGUACCUUAGCGAAAACUUCAAAAAGAGCUUCCUCAAAGCAUGCACUUGUGCCGCACGUGCCGAGGUCAACGCACAGCUCAAACUCGAAAACAGCGUCAUGCCCAAGCGGUCUCGCACCCGGACCAACUCCGACACAACCCAGCUGACCACGUCCAAGGUUCAGCACCGACUCCUCAUCGAUCCGACCACAACGGCCACCACCACAACGACGGCCGCCUCAACCGUGUCCUCGCGCAACCCAAGCCCACCCGUAAUCCCACGCAACCCCCAAAACAACAACAACAACAACAACCACGUCAACGGCGGAACCAGCGGGAACAACGCGAAAAACUGUAACAACGAGACGCAAGCGGCUCCUGCUGCUAGCGUCACUAAAAAUAAUCUAGGUGAAUUAGUGCAAUUGUCUUAAAUCAAACUCGUUACUGCAUACUACGUGUAUUUGUACCACGGUGUGGAAGCAUCGCGUAAUUAGCGCGAUAUUGCGACAAAGUCAUAAAUCUAGCGAAAGCCAAUAGUGAGAGAUAACACGAUGUACAUAUAAAUUCAAAUUUAUCGAAGAUAAAAUAAAUAUAUAUACAUAGGAAGAAGGAUAAAAAAAUAUGAAAACUUUUCGGGGCCUGGCCAUGCAUGGAUGUGUGUGGAAAAUAAAAGU